AUGACGAAUAAAAGAAAAUUUAUUGAUAACCGUGAAGAGAUUCCAGCUGACACGAGUAUCUAUAGAUCCACAAGGAAAGUAACAAAUGAUUUCGAUCUUAGGGCAUUAGAAGAUGAAAACAAUGAUGCUGAAGCACUUGCUCAAAAAUACAUCGAAAGAUAUGGACGUCGCCAUCAUGAUGCUGCUGAAGAUAGUGUACAGCUUCCAAGUCAAGUAAAUAAUUUAGCUAGUAUCGAACAACCAAAUAUGUUUGUAGUCAAGUGCAGGAUUGGUAGAGAAAGGGAUGUUGUUGUAAAUUUCUUAAAAGCUCACCGGGAACGUGCUUAUUCACAGCAUCCAAUAAAAGUGUUGUCUGUUACUUGCAGAGAUGCACUUAAAGGAUACGUGUAUGUUGAGGCAUGGAGAAUAACUGAUGUGCAAAAGGCAAGUUUUCUUGAAUUAAAAAAUAUUCCUCAUCUUUAUACAUCGCAAGUAAGACUUGUGCCAUUAGCUGAAAGAAACUCUGUCUUAAUCGUUAAGAAACCACAAAUGGAUUUGAAAGAAGGAUCAUGGGUAAAAAUAAGAAAAGGAAAAUUUGCUGGCGACUUGGCACAGGUUACUGGUAUUUACGAAGAUAAUGAUGUAAAGGUAAAAGUUAUUCCACGUAUAGAUGUUAAAGAUGAUAAAAGUGAUAAAAGUGCAACUGGAAAUCUUUUUAAAAGGAAAAGAGCAAUUGGCGAAAACACAGUUAAAAUAUUUAAUCGUGGCCACUUAGAACUUGAUUUUAAAUUAACAAAUUUGAUUUGGGAGGGUGUUAGUCCAAGUAUGGAUGAAAUAACAGAGUUUUUGUCUGCGAAUGAAUCAAAUGAUACUGAUGAACCAUUUGGUGGUCCGGUUAAGACAAAUUUUCAAAUAGGAGAUGAAGUUAUUGUCGUAAGUGGAGCAGAUGCUGGUGUUUAUGGUGUAGUUGAGCUUAUUAACAAAGAACAAAUCAAUGUGAGACGUACAGAUAAUGUAAAUAUGAUGGGUAAAACUGUAUCCUACAACAUUUCAAUAUUGACUAAAAGAUUUGUUGUGGGCGAUUAUGUCCAAGUCUUAAAUGGUAAAAAUCAACAUGAAAUGGGAAUGGUGAUUAAUGUUGACAAAAGUAUUGUCACAAUUUUGUCUGAUAUGACAAGAUCUGAGAUUACUGCAUUCUCAAAGGAUCUAAAAAAAGUAUCAGAAAUUACAAAUGCAAAAAGACUUGCUUACCAAUAUGAACUUCAUGACUUGGUUUUAAUAAACAUUGAAAAUGUUAAAGCAGGAGUAAUAAUUGGUAUUGAGUCAAACUUAUUCCGAAUUAUAGGAACAGAUAAUAUUGUUAGAAGCCUUAGUCAUACACAAAUAAUCAAAAAAGAAGAAUCAAAGCCUAUAUCUGUUUUUGAGAAGGAUUUAAAAGUUGGAGAUUAUGUUCGUGAAAUUGAUGGAGAAAGACGCGAGGGAAAAAUUCUUCAAUUGUUUCGUCAAUUUGCUUUUUUAAUUAAUCGUUCAAUAAUUAAAAAUGGCGGGGUUUUCGUUGUAGGCUGGAGGAGACUAGAAAAUAAAAGUGCUAGAUCAAAAUACCUAGCACUUGACAAGUUGAAUCCUGAUGUAUUUAUAGGAAUACAGCAUACUCAACCUGCUCAACAACCACAACCACAUCAUCCAUAUUAUGGCGGUAGCCGUGGUAGAGGUGGAUACGGUAAAACUAACUAUUAUAAUCGAUCAUAUAAAGAUCCUUUGGUCAGUGAAACUGUCACAAUCAUCCAAGGUCCUUAUAAAGGAUAUUUAGGCAUUGUAAAAGAGGCAACUGAAACAUUUGCUAGAGUUGAAUUACAUACUAAUUGCCAAAUAGUUAAUGUUAAAAAGGAAUUGUUGCAUAUAAUUGAUAAAAGUGGUAAAACUAGACCAGUUGUACAAGAAAAUACUCUAACACAUUCAAAUAGAGAUUAUAGUCCAGCUUCUUCUAACUACUCGGGCACAAGAACACCAUCUUCAUGGUCUAGCUCACACACACCAACUUGGAGCACUGGUAGCAUAUCAACUAACAACAUCAAUGAUGGUUCUAGAACUCCAUCUCAUCAUAUUAUGGAUGGAUCUAGAACACCCGCAGUUCAUAGUAAUACUGAAGGAUCAAAAACGCCAGCUUGGGAUCUUGGCAGCAAAACACCAGCAUAUGGAGCCGUUGAAGGAUCAAAAACACCAGCAUGGGAUAUUGGUAGUAAAACGCCAGCAAAUAAUGAUGGAUCUCGUACUCCUGCAUGGAAUGCUAAUGCUCCACUAACUACUCCAGCAGCUGAAACUCCUCAUUUUUAUGCAGCCACUCCAGCAGCCGAGACACCAAUAUUUAAUCCACCAACACCAGCAGUAGUUGAAACGCCAGGAACAUAUUUUGCUUCAACACCAGGAAAUACUACAACAAACUUAAUGCCAGCCACUCCAGCACCUAUUGUUUAUACUCCAGCUCCUGUAACACCUGGACCUGGACCACUUACACCAGCUUUAUUACCACAAACUCCUUAUGCUUCAAAUAGUUUACUACAAUUUGAUAUCAAUAGUAAUAAUCAAAGUAAUGAAAAUGACCAAACUAACAAUAGUGAUGGCAAUCAACAAACCAACAAUGAAACAAAUGAUAAUACUGAACAGAAUAAUAAUGAUAAUGCUAAUGCUGACAUUCCUCAUUGGCUCAUUGAUGAUGUUGCUGUAACUGUUAGUAGUGAUAGAGAUACUGGAGAAGUUUACCAAAAUGGUAUUUAUAAUGAUUUGACUGGUAGAGUUAUGAAAGUUGAAACUAAUGGUGAUAUCACAAUUGAAUUAGUGGAUAGAGAUGUUUCAUUGAUUGUUAAUAAAAGGUUCUUAGAACCUGUCACACCACACAAGAAAGAUAUGAUUAAAUUAGUAUGCGAUAAUGAACUCAAAUAUAAAUUAGGUGUUCUUGUUGGUGUCGAUGGAGACGAAGGUGUUGUUAAGGUCAAAGGUGGUAAAGACUUCAAGAUAGUUAGCAUGCAAAUGAUGGUAAAAUAUGUUGGUCCUGAAUUAAUUGAAUGUUGA